AUGAAAACUCAGUUCAACCGAGUGAAGACUUGGUUACCUCGAAAGGGGUCGAACAAAAAAACGUGGGCACAUCUACACAAGCGCUUCGUUGUUCGAGUCCAGAACGAUCCAGACUAUCUGCUCGUGUACAGCGACGGCUCGCGGAUUGUUAUUGGCGGGGCAGAUAAGUAUGGGUACGGUGUCGUGGGGUUUACCGACUCUGUGGAAGUUUUCCAAGCUUCGGAUGGGCAGAAUGGGGGCAUGAUAUUGUUCGAGGCCGAGAUGAAAGGGUUUCAGCUGGCAGCGGAGAGAAUUCGACAAUAUCUGGAUGACCCAAGUACGACCCAGCCGCCGACGCGGGUGUAUGUAUUCGGCGACGAUGUCGACUCCCUGAGGCGGAUACUGAGGUCAAAGCCGAACAAAGGGGAACAGUAUGCGCGUGCAUUUCGAAGGGCCAUUGAGGCGGUCUUGUCCAAUCGGCCGCACCUCCAGGUGACGGUGGGUUGGUCCCCGUCACAUUGUGGAAUACGCGGGAAUUCUGGACUGGCGAAGCAGAGUGCUCGCAAUGCCUGA